AGGGUGACCGGGCGCGGUGGGAAGAGCGUGGAAUCCCGCCCCUACCUUUCUCUUGGAUCUCUGCCCUCAGGGCGCCCCCGCACACCCAUCCUACAGCUGUAGGCUGCAUUCUGGGUUCAAACUGGGUCCAGCCCCUGUCCAAGAUCCUGGGCCAGAUCAGAGUAGUGGCAGGUGUGGCUCUGGAAGGGGGUGGUAAAUGUCAGGAACAGACAGGGCCAUUCUGUGGUCUUUUGGGAAGCCCACCCAGAUGCCCACCCAGGGAGUGAGUCAUCACUGGGUACUUUAGGAGUAAAAGGACACUGAGAAUUAGCAGCAGGGACUGAGAGGCAAAAAUGGCCAUGAUUCAGGGAAGGGACAGAGGUUCUGUGAGGGAUGGAAACUCAGCAAGGGCAUGGGAGUGGGAAGUGAAGAGACAAGGGGAGUGUAUAGAUUCCCUCCCUCCCCUUCCUGAAGCUUACUUACAUUUUCUUGGGGAAAGACCCAGGUCUUGACAUUCUACAGCCAGAAGAUGGGAGUCUAGCUCACUGUCAGGUCACUUAAGGUGUUGUGGGGGCAAGAGGGAGGUUCAGCAUGUUGGGGGAACAGGAAUUAAGUUCAUCUAAUUGGUGGGAAUAUGCUUCUCCUCUCCCCCCACUCCCCUCCUUUCUCUCCCUCCACUCCCCUCAUUUCCCCUUACCUCCACCAGGCCAGUGACCAGCCAGUACAAGAAAAUGGUCCUUUACUCAUUGUCAUGGGCUGCGCCCCACCUUAUCCUGGUUCCCAAUUCAAUCAUUAGAGAUCCCCUACCAGAAACUUGCUUUGUGAAUGGUGGCUCCUCAGAAAGAGGACCUCCGUUUCCCCAUCUGUGCAAGAAGUGGGUUGGUCGGUUGAUUUUUCAGGGCUCUUUCAACUCUAUAGUUCUUGAUUGUAAGGUUUCCUUAAAGCCUGAGCAUCAGCUAUGUGCCCUGACUUAGGCUGGGGUAGGGGUGGGGCAACAAUGGCCAAAGGGCAGCUUCCACCUGAGGAGAAAGGCUUCUGGGUUUAGUAGAGAGGGCUGUGGGAGGAGGUAGCAUUCAACCUGGUCAUGUGUAGUCAGAAAGACCAGUGGAAGAAAAACAUGGGGGCAGGAGGGUGGGGGAUCAGGAAACAGCCCUGGGUGGCUGGUGGAGGGAAGUGGGCAGGAAAGGUGGGGUGAGAUGAUGAAUGCUCAGGUGGUAGUCUAUUGGUAACUGUCAGCAAAGGGGGCUGUGCAAAGGAGGAGAACCAGGAACCCCACCUAAUUGCAGUAGGAAUGAUUUUUGGAAGCACCUGCCGCAAACAGAGUUUAGAAUGCAGGUGGCAUGUGAAGGGUGGAAAUCUCCUCUGGGAUCAGGAAGUUCAGGAGCCACACUGGGGACUUCUUUGGGUAGAAGUCAAGGAUCAGGGAAUGGGUGAGAUGACUUUCCACAUCUCCAAGGGGUUUUUUCAAGAGGACAAGAUCCUGCUGGGAGAUCUGCCCCUCCUGUCCAUACCACCUGUCAUUUUCUUGACCAUCCCCAUCCUGGCCUGCCUGUUAUGGGUCCAAGAAAGAAUCCUUGUUCCAAACUUCUCCACUAGCCUGACUUGUUGCCUAACCUGAUACCUCCCCCAAUUGUCACCUUGUUCCUGUCCUCAUUCCUCCAUUCUUCCCAGCAUUAUUAGAGACGUGAGAAAGGAAGGUGCUUCGUAUCAGCUCUGAGGUUAAGGCGAGGCUUUUUUUGUGGCUAUAUUCAGCCUCAGUCUAGGGCUAGAGUCAGGACUCAAAUUGACAAGGGUCAGGGCCAGGUCAGAGGUCAGCCCAGAGCCACAGCUCAGUGCUUAGCCUACACUCAGGCUUAGCCCUCAGUCUAUGGCUAAAUUCCAUUCUCAGCAGUUACCUGGGUCUGAUUUUCCCAAGAGUUCACACAUGCACAGCGUAGGUGAGGUGACUACCACACCAGUCCCAGAAACCUAGUCUGUGUCUGAGUGACCCAGGAUGUUGCAUGGGUGAGACUCAUGCCUGCUACGGGGGUCACCCAGCCAUGGAAAAGCUGAGACUAGAACCCAGGACCCGUGCCUGCCUCCAAGCCUGCUGUUCCAAACUCUGUUCUGAGUCUGGGAUGCCUCCAUUUAAGAGGCAAAACAAAUUUGUCUGAAUUCUAGAUAGGCCCAGCUGGGUAGAUCUGACUAUAUUCCCCUACUUUCCAGUGCCAGGCACAUAGUAGGUGCUCACCGAGCUUGUACUGUCAGGUGCAGGGGGAGCCGGCAGCUUGUUCAGUUUUGGGUCUGGAGGAGGCUGGCUUGGUAGGGAGGGAUCUCUAGCCACUGUUGGAGGAAGUGGUACCCAUCUGGACCUGCCACCUCCCCCUCUCCUCUAGUGCCUGCAGCCACACUCAGAGGCCACCAGCUGGCCACAUGAGGUCCCUUUCCUCUUUCGGGGGUAAUAAAAGGAAAGUACAUUUUUGGUAGAAAAGUCCCUCCCGCUCCCUGGGAAUCCCCGGUGGCCGGAUGGACUCGGGAUAUCCCAGAGGAAGCUGAAGGCGGGGCCUUGCUCCCUACCCCAACCCCCAACACAAUACAGCCAGCCUCUCCCACGCUGCACCACCUGGUCCACAGGGCACCCCCGAGGUCAUCUCAUCCAGGCCCCUGCCUCCUGGAGGGCCUGCAGGAAGCCUCUGCCACCUCUCUAAUAGUCAACAGGCAGCCACAGGUCCUGCCCCCGGACACCUUGCCCUCAGCCCCGCCUGGCCAUGGCACUGUGCCUGAAGCAGGUGUUCGCCAAGGACAAGACAUUCCGGCCUCGGAAGCGCUUCGAACCAGGCACACAGCGCUUCGAGCUGUACAAGAAGGCACAGGCAUCACUCAAGUCAGGCCUGGACCUGCGCACUGUGGUGAGGCUGCCACCAGGAGAGAACAUCGACGACUGGAUCGCCGUGCACGUGGUGGACUUCUUCAAUCGCAUCAACCUCAUCUAUGGCACCAUGGCUGAGCGCUGCAGUGAGACUAGCUGCCCGGUCAUGGCCGGAGGGCCCCGCUAUGAGUACCGUUGGCAGGACGAGCGCCAGUAUAGGCGGCCUGCCAAGCUCUCGGCGCCGCGCUACAUGGCCUUGCUUAUGGACUGGAUUGAGGGCCUCAUCAAUGACGAGGACGUCUUUCCCACUCGUGUUGGAGUUCCCUUCCCCAAGAACUUCCAGCAGGUCUGCACCAAGAUCCUGACCCGCCUCUUCCGUGUCUUUGUCCACGUCUACAUUCACCACUUUGACAGCAUCCUCAGCAUGGGGGCUGAGGCACAUGUCAACACCUGCUAUAAACACUUCUACUAUUUCAUCCGCGAGUUCAGCCUGGUGGACCAGCGGGAGCUAGAGCCACUGAGGGAGAUGACAGAGCGGAUCUGUCACUGAACCCAGGUCUGGAGUUGUUGACUGUCAGAUGGACCAUGUGAACACAGAGUGGCUGGAGAGAGAACCCUCAGUAGUCUGGUAGCAGAGAAAUCUGAAGUGCCUGGGACUCUUCCACACACACAAAGCCCCUGAACUUGUGGUUCUCAGGAGUCUGCCCACAUGCCCCUUGACUGCUUAUGAAUGGAGAAGGGGAGAGCUUAAAAGUGGUCAAACAGAAGGAAAAAAGGAGCUACAUCUCCACAUGAAGUCUAGGGGUGGGAUUGGCUAGGUUUCUGCUCCAAUACUUGACCCUUCCAUGGUGGUUCCCUUGCCUAUUUGGGGAAUGUGGAUGUGGUUGAGUGAUAGCAAGAAAGGUACUAGAGAGUGAGCAAUCUGUGUGAGUGAAUACAGAUGACUCUGAGUGUGUGUGAGUGUAUGUGUGUGUGUAUGUGGUUUUCACCGUGGGGUGUGUCUAUAAGAACUAGCUGCUUUAGAUCCUCCCUGGCACAUAGUAGGCCCUCCAUAAAUGUUAGGUAAAUGGGUGAAUGGAAGGAAGGAGGGAAGGAAGAAGGAAGUUAAUAGGGAUUGGGACCACCAGACCAUGACCACUGUAGGAGUGAUGACAGGUGAGCGUCCCCACUCUGACCAUGUGUAAAAGUGCACAAAAUGUGAUUGUAGACGUAGCUCUAUAUUUUAACCUUUAGGCUACCAUCUUCCAUAAGCAUGAGUUCUGGGGAGCUAUAGGGAGGUAAGGAGGGGGUCUUGCCCUGGAUACCUACACCCCUGGCCCACCACGGACACACGUUCUGACUUGCUCAGCCAAAGAUACCCAGGAACUAUCAUUUCACUCAUCGCUCUGCCUCCGGGAAAGCCUGAUUAUAGACAGCCUCUUGAGGGCUGGAGUUGAUCCCUUAUAUCCACAAAGGUCCUCUGGUCCCUAAACUGGAAAUCAUAUACUCCAAUCUAGCUCCCAGAAUCUGUAGACUUGGCUCUCAGGAUCUGAAGCCCAGCGCAAAAUAAUCCUCCAGCCCAAGGAGCCAGUGGAACUUGAAUUGGGGAACUCCAGAGUCUUUUCUCCCAUCCCAGGACACUGAAGAUGUGUUACUAGUGAAUGGACCCUUCUAGGCUUGGAAAGCCCCCAUUCUGCAAGGACCUGCCUCCUUCCCAACCAUCCCUGAGACAGUCCAGCUGGUUGGAUAGCUAUCCACAGAGAAACUGUUGAUUUGACACUCCAUUACUCAGCACCGCCAUGCCCAGCCCUGUGCCCAGAUCCACAGGUGGGGAAACUGAAGCAGAAGCGGGGCCCUCCCCUCCAAGAGCCUCUACACUGGGAGGCCAGGAUGGACAGCCACGAAGGGCCUGAGGAUUAUCCAGUCUCACAGAAUCAUCUGUGUACCUAGGAGGAAACGGAAGCCCUGAGGAAAGGAGGGAGAAACUGUCCAAGGCCUCAUAGCAAGGCUUUUAUGGAGUUGGAGUAGAAACCAGGGGUCCUGACUCCCACCUCAGGGCCUGUGGAUUGCUACAUAGGGAGGUGAGAUGCAUGUGGAAAGAUGGUCUGACAGCCCCUCUCUAGGGCACAACUGUUCCUGCUUUGAGCAAAGACUUCUAGUGAAUGCCAGAGUGCCCCACUGCCUCUCAGGUUGGCUGGGGCUGUCUGCUGAGCCAAGCCUCCAAAGUCAUGCCCCUCUCAGUGGCCCAGAAGCUGCCUGAUCUCUGGGGAAGUGUAUGAGGCUCCUGAGGCCAGCCAGCUGGACCUGAGACAGCUGUCUCUGGAGAAGUUCCCAGGGGAAACACUGACCCAGCAGCUUUGCUGGAGGCUCUGGGUUGGGGUGGGGUCCAGGGAUCAGAGAUUGCCUCAGGGAGGACUGAGGACUGGAAGAUGGGUUCUAGGCCGUGGCCAGUGCUGACUGCAGAGGGGUUGGGGAGACGGGAAAUCUAUUUUUGUGAAACAGAGGGAAGACUUUAUUAUUGUUAUUUUUGGUAAAAUAAAGGAGGCAAACUAAAGCGGCA